UAUUUUGAACGCAGCCUAGCUGCGCUGACACGUCUCGCGCAAAGCACGAUGACACGUCAACCAACCACGUACACACACACACACACACACACACACACACACACACACACACACACACGUGUCUAUUUUAUACAUAUGUAUUUUUUAAAAUUGUAUUUUGUUUCAAAUGUAACCUCUUCUUGUCGUUAAUCUCGCGCGAAAUGCCGUUUGUCACAUCACGUACGUCAAAAUUUCUGGAGCUGUUUCCGGAGUUUCGGAGUCACUCCAAAAUGAUUUUCUUAAACAUUAAAUGUCGAGAUAAGUUACAUAGAACUUAAGUAUUUAAACAAGAUAAAAUUACAUCAUGUCGAAGAAGAUUAUUUGCCUAUUUGAUGUGGAUGGCACACUCACUGAACCACGACAGCCAAUUAGCCCUAGCAUUGAAAAGUUUCUCUUAGAAACUGUAAAAAAGGAGUUCGAUAUCGCGGUAGUCGGAGGUUCUGAUUUAAACAAGCUUCAAGAACAAUUAGGCGAUAGAAAUCUGUUUGAAAAGUAUAAAUAUGUCUUCGCGGAAAAUGGCCUUAUCGCUUUCAAAAAUGGCAAAGCUUUGCCCUCCCAAUCGAUCCAGGAUAUACUUGGAGAGGAUGUUCUGCAAGAUUUUAUAAAUUUCGUCUUGCGAUACAUAUCCGAGUUGAAGCUGCCAUUUAAGCGUGGAACAUUUAUAGAAUUCCGUACGGGCAUGAUGAACGUUACGCCAGUGGGACGAAAUUGCAGCAAAAAGGAACGUGAACAAUUUAAUGAAUACGACAAUGAACAUCAUAUUCGUGAGAAAUUCAUACAAGCUCUUAAAAAAGAAUUUCCUGAUUUGGGUCUGACUUACAGUAUUGGGGGACAAAUUUCUUUCGAUGUUUUCCCUAUUGGUUGGGAUAAAACGUAUUGCUUGCGUCAUAUUCAGGGAUAUGACGAGAUACAUUUCUUUGGCGACAAAACGGCCGAGGGUGGUAAUGAUCACGAGAUUUAUGAGAGCGAUCUGACAGUAGGACACCGUGUCACUUGUCCUAAGGACACCAUCAACCAAUUGAACAUCCUUCUGACACUCGUAAAGGAAAAUAGGGAGAAAGAACAGCUUAGUGUUCCACUGCAAUGUGUCUAAUAGUAAAGGGGCCUAAGAACAAAAUAUUUUUCUAGGUCAAGAUAAAUUUGCAUUUUUAGCCAUUCUAUAUGCCUCCAAUUAUUGUAUAAUAGAUUCUUUUUUUUACCAAUUAUGUUACAUUCCUAAUAAUGAAGAAAAUUACAAGAAAAUUAUAGUCCUUAAUUCUCAUACUUUCAAGCAG